AGGGCGACUGCUGGGUUUGGGAAGGCAACUCCGGUUCAUUGGGACGCAGCUGAGGGCCAGGAGAGAUGCGUCCGAGGGCUACGAAUCUCUCUGAGAUUGAUCCGAGUUCAAGGACCAAGUCUGUUUUCUAACCAGCUUAUAGACAGGGAAACCUGAGGCCCAGAGAAGGGACACUAGAGCCCAAGGUCAUCCCGAGCUGAAAGCAGAAGCUUGGCGAGGGUUUUCUUGGUUUUUGUUUUUGCUUUUUCCUCCGCGAACGUGGGCGUCCAGAUGCGCGUUCUUGGGAUAUUCAGUUCUUGAGGAUCUGAGUCAAAGCCAGGGCACUAAGCUGACUAGGGGAAUGAGACUGCCCUGGGAGGCUGGCCUCCUCUCUGCUUCCUUUUCCCAAGCCCCACCUCUUGUGGGGGACUGGAGACGGGGCAACUGGCUAAAUGCGCACCUGCUGAGACACAAUCUGGCUUUUCUUUCUUUUCUUUUUCUUUUUCUUUUCUUUUUUUUUUUUUUUUGGUGGUGCUGGAGAUUGAACCCAGGGCCUUGUGCAUCAAGGCAAGCACUCUACCAACUGAGCUAUAUCCCCAGCCCCUGGCUGUUUUUUAGACUCCCUGAGUCUCCCCAAAUCUGAUCGAAGCUCUUCUCCGCACGCUGUCUCCCAGACCCUUAAAACCCGUGCGAACGGGUCUUCCCGUUCGAACCUCUCGGCGCUCUAUUGGAAAGACUCAAGGUUCAUACCCUCUGCUCUAGAAUGAACUGCCCAGGCUGCCGCUGAGCUUCAACUGCGCAGGCGCAAGGGCAACCAACCAAGAAGGCCUAAGAGCCGGGUCGUGACGGCUUUGGGUCGCUUCUCUGAUUCGCACGAGCUGUCCGAGCUGGUGUACUCUGCCUCUAACUUGCUUGUGCUGCUCAAUGACGGAAUCCUUCGGAAGGAACUGCGGAAGAAGUUGCCUGUGUCGCUAUCCCAGCAGAAGCUGCUGACAUGGCUGAGCGUGCUGGAGUGCGUGGAGGUGUUCAUGGAGAUGGGGGCUGCCAAGGUGUGGGGCGAAGUGGGCCGCUGGCUCGUCAUUGCCCUCAUCCAGCUGGCCAAGGCUGUCUUGCGGAUGUUCCUGCUGAUCUGGUUCAAGGCUGGCCUCCAGACCUCACCCCCCAUUGUUCCGCUGGACAGGGAGACCCAGGCACAGUCCUCGGAUGGUGACCACAGCCCAGGAAGCCAGGAGCAGUCCUAUGUGGGGAAGCGGUCAAACCGAGUAGUGCGAACCCUGCAAAACACCCCCUCCCUGCACUCAAGGCACUGGGGAGCCCCCCAGCAACGAGAGCGGCGAGAGCCGCAGCAACACGAGGAGCUGAGCAUCCCCCCCACACCCCUGGGGCUGCAGGAAACCAUCGCAGAGUCCCUGCACAUCACCCGUCCCCUGCUGCACCUGCUCAGCCUAGGCCUUUGGGGUCAGCGGUCAUGGACACCCUGGCUCCUGUCUGCUGUUGUGGACGUGACCAGCUUGAGCCUCCUGAGUGACAGGAAGGGCCUGACCCGCAGGGAGCGGCUGGAGCUGCGGCGCCGCACCAUCUUGCUGCUCUUCUACCUGCUGCGCUCCCCAUUCUACGACCGCUUCUCUGAGAAGCAGUCACCAAAUGCCAGCCUCCGCUCUCAGGCCGUCAGCGCAUGCCUAUGUGAGCUUCCAUGCUUUCAGGAGGGACACCCAGGGCGAGCUAGAGAGCGUUGUAAGGGGCACCCACUACCAGUGGCAGGGCCAAAAUCCUUUUCCUGCUUCAGCUGCUGGCAGACCACGUGCCCGGUGUCGGCCUGGUUGCGAGGCCGCUCAUGGAUUACUUGCCUACUUGGCAGAAAAUUUACUUCUACAGUUGGGGCUGACAGACAUCUUGGGAUUGGGAUGCGGGAGGAGCAGGAUGACAUGCUCUGCCACCGGGGCAGGGCUGCCUCAGCCUUCAGUCCCCCCACCUCCGUCCCUCUUCCCUAAUAAAAUUGACUCUGGCACCGUCCAA